AUGACAACCCCCUUCAACACGCGGCGGCACGGCGACAACGACAGCUCGGCAACUUCACCAACCGUGGCCGAGAACACACCCCUUCUCCGUUCCGAGUCCAGCUUCGUAACCGCCCGGGAUGGCUCACCCGCAAGCGAUCGGCAGCCCGGCCCCGGCCCGGAGCAGCCACCGCUCGGCUGGAAACGGACAACCUGCAUCGUGUUCAGCAUGUGGGCUCUCAUCUUCCUGCAGGCCAGCAACAUGAGUGGCAUCUCGACCACCCAGUCAACCAUUGCCGCGGACCUAGAUGCCUACGAGUCGGCCAUGUGGUUCACCAGCGCCUACAUGAUCAGCAUGUCCUCGGUGGCCCCACUCGCCGGGCGGCUAGCCAUGAUUUUCUCGCCGGCCACCAUGGUCUUGCUAGCCUCGGGGUGUUUCUCGGUGGGCGCUCUGGUGACCGCUGUGGCGCCGACCUUUGCCGUGUUCAUCCUCGGGAGGGUCGUGCUGGGCGUCGGCAGCGGAGGCAUCAUGACGUUGUGCAUGAUUCUCCUAACAGCGGCUCAGGGGUUCACACUCGGUGUGUCGGCCGGCGCCGUGGUGUUUGGCGCCUUGCUGCCAGUACUGGGAUGGCGACUCCUGUUCGGAGCCCAAGCCCCAAUGGCGGCCCUUGCUGGUCUCGGUGUCAGCCUUAGCAUACCCCCUUUCACCGCUGAUGAAAACACCAAGGAUAAGACAACGCUGCAGAAGCUCGCCGGUCUUGAUUACGCUGGCGCCGUAUCUUUGACCGUCACCAUCGUCCUCUUUCUCUACGGCCUCUCCGGGACCAUCCAACCGCUCCCCAUCGGCCUCUCCCUAAUCACCCUCGCUAUCUUCCUCGCCGUCGAGUCCCGCGCCAAGAACCCGGUUCUCCCCCUAACCGUGCUCAAGUCCCGCGGUGUCCUGUUGUCAUGCUUUUCCCAGCUCGGCUUCAUGGCCGCCCGGUGGACGGUGCUCUUCUACGCCCCCAUUUUUGUCCUCGCUGUGCGCGGCCUGUCGCCCGCCCUUGCAGGUUCCAUUCUCAUCCCCACCAACGCCGGCUUCGGCAUCGGCGGCCUGCUCGUCGGUGCCUUGCAUAUCCGCCACGCCGGGUCCUUCUGGUUCCCCGGACUCCUGACACUGGCCCUGUUCUCCAUGACCCUAUUUGUGCUCGCGUUCGUGGGCAACGCGGCUACGCCCAUCUGGCUUUUUGGCACGACCAUUGGCGGCGGUGUAUUUACGCGGACGCUACGGGAUGCCCUUGUGGCUGGGUUCGAGAAAUUGGAUGGUGGCGAGGGGCUGGACAAGGCGAGGGAGAAAUUGAUUACCGUGCUCAUUGGCAGCCCCGCCGUGGUGUGGAAGCACGGGGUUCUGAGCGCAGCCGAGCGGGUGGUCGCCGUGGUUGGAUACGAACGGGCCUUGGAGGUGCUGUACAAGUCGGCCGCCGUCAUGUGCGUGUUGGUGUUGGUCAUGCAGGCAGGGACGGGGUGGAAGGCGGCAGAGACGAAGGGUAAUGGGGGAUCUGAGGAGGAGGUUGACGAGAGGGAGAGGGAUCGGGCGACGGAAGCUUGA